AGCCGGUAGUAGCUCUUCUUUGCCAAAGGUUCGGUGUCCUGCACGGCACGCGGGCCGGGGACUCCCAAGGGGCUCAAGGGCCGGUCUCCGGGACCUGGGCAUUGCCCAGGUGACAGCACGGGAACAUGGCAUUGCACCUGGGCAGGCUGAGCGCGAGCCCCUGCUGGCGCGCGGCACGGAGCGGCUGCGGAGAGCUGCGCCUUUGGUCCCGUCGCUGCGCGGCUGGACGCAUCUGCCGGCCCCCUGGCACGGCUGGCACGGAGCAGAGCCGCGGGCUGGGGCACAGCACGACGGCGGGAGGCGGGCCCCGGCUGGGGACGGGGCUGGCCGCGGCGCUGGCGGGGCUGGCGGGGCUGGCCGCCGCCGCCUUCGGGCACGUAGAGCGGGCGGAGAUGGUGCCCAAGAGCUCGGGGGCGCGGAGCCCCUCGCCGGGGAGGCCGGAGGAGGAGGAGGACGAGCUGGCCCGCCGCUGCAGCUGCUUCAUGGCCUCGCCUGUGACCGACCUGCGCGAGCUGCGGAGGAGGCCGGGCGACAUGAGGACUAAGAUGGAGCUACUGAUCCUGGAGACCCAGGCCCAGGUGUGCCAGGCGCUGGCGCAGGUUGAUGGGGGUGCCCGCUUCUCUGUGGACCGGUGGGAAAGAAAGGAAGGAGGUGGUGGCAUCAGCUGUGUACUUCAAGAUGGGCAUGUUUUUGAAAAGGCCGGGGUGAGCGUUUCUGUCGUUUAUGGAAAUCUUUCUGAGGAAGCAGCAAAGCAGAUGAGAAGCAGAGGAAAAAAUCUAAAAGCUAAAGAUGGUAAAUUGCCGUUCUGUGCUAUGGGCGUGAGCUCUGUUAUCCACCCCAAGAAUCCUCAUGCUCCUACUGUGCAUUUCAACUACAGAUACUUUGAAGUAGAAGAAGCUGAUGGUAAUAAGCAGUGGUGGUUUGGUGGUGGAUGUGACCUUACUCCAACGUACUUGAACCGAGAGGAUGCCAUCCAUUUUCACAGAACUCUAAAGGAGGCUUGUGACCGGCAUGGUCCAGAUUUCUACCCCAAAUUCAAAAAAUGGUGUGAUGAUUACUUUUUUAUAGCCCAUCGUGGGGAGCGGAGGGGCAUUGGGGGCAUCUUUUUUGAUGACCUUGACUCUCCAUCCAAGGAGGAGGUGUUCCACUUUGUGCAGAGCUGUGCCCAGGCCAUCGUUCCUUCUUAUAUUCCCCUUGUGAAAAAGCACUGUGAUGACUCAUUCACCCCCCAGGAGAAGCUGUGGCAGCAGCUCCGGAGAGGACGGUAUGUAGAAUUUAACCUGCUGUAUGAUCGGGGUACAAAGUUUGGCCUCUUCACUCCAGGAUCCAGGAUUGAAAGCAUCUUGAUGUCUUUGCCUCUCACUGCUCGAUGGGAGUACAUGCAUUCACCCUCAGAGAACUCCAAAGAAGCUGAAAUUCUGGACGUUCUACGCCAUCCAAGGGACUGGGUGCAUUGAUGCAGGCAGAGCAGCCUUCCGGGGUGGGGGACACAAUGUGUGCCCCCUUCCACUGGCGGGCUCCGUUGCCACUGUGUGGCAGUUAGCUACCUGUGUCUUAGAGCCCCAGUCUUCUCCACUCGGGAGUUGGCCUCCUUGGCAGGUGGUGAAAUGUGUUUUCAGCACCACAGGUUUCCAUUGGAUGUUAUCGGUGACAGAUGGUGAGAUUGAGGCUUGUCAGAGUCAACUGGUUGAUUUAAAACUGAUUUAUACUUUUAGAAGCAUUUUAUAUGACUAGUUUAUAAAAUAUGACAUUGAAUUUCCAAGUAUAUAGUUAAGGGAAUCUACAUAUUAUAAUUUGUAUCAGGAAAUGUCUCAUGUUAUUUUCGUAUCUUUUUUUUUUUUUAAAGUUUUAGUUUCUUCCAGAAAACUAAUUUUAUUUUCAUUAGUUCAAUGAGGUUGAGCUUGUUAGUAAUUUUAGAAAAAAGCAACUGAAUGUAAAAGCAAAUGAAGGUAAAAGUUUUACUUUGUCAUUACUGAAGUUUCUUUGAUCAUAAUCUUUAUGUAUCUUUCUCUACAGAUCAUAAUAUUGUAAAAUAUUCAUUUUUUUUAUGAUAGACAUUUAGGAACACUUGAAAAUUUCUUAAUCUCUGCAUGUGUUACAAUUCAGUGAUUACCUGUAUUUGUUAACUCUAAAAUGACAUGAUUGUUAUUUAACUAAGGCACAUCUAAGUUGUAAUUUUGAUUUUUGUAGAAGUGUAAUUUGUUAAUGUUGUGAUUCUCUGCUCUUUUGAAUAUUAAACUUUAUAACCUUAGAUCCUGAUAUUGAAAAUUUUCUAUUCCAGACGUUUCUAUAUGGAAAUUUAGACUAAAAACAAUCCUGAAGAUGUUAUGAAUUAAGGAAAUGUUUCUCAUUUGGGAAGUGAUGAAUAUUUUCCUUCUUUAAUUAAAGCAAACAUAACUAAAAUGUUACGAAUGUGAGAAGCAUGUAGCCAUUUUACAAAUAUGUUUUUCUUGUAUGAUGGACUAAUUGAAAUUGUCCUCUUUUCAAAUAGGAGAGUCUGUAACUCUUAUGUUUGCUUUUAAGAGAAAAUUGCAACAGAAUUCUUAAUAUGGCUUCUUUGUUCACAUAAUAAUAUGAAUUUAUUUUAUUCACAAUUACAUUGAAGUUUUUUAAGGAAUAGUAUCUUCCUACAUAUUAUUAUGCUUUAUCUUGGAAUAUGUUUAAUGUAUGUGACUGUGUUUGGCUCUUUAGGGCUGGAAAAUGUGUGAAUUCUUCAACUGUCUUACAACAGUCCUACUGAUAAAUUUUAUUAUGAAAUAUGACUAAGAAAUGUUUGUAUUUUUCUUUUCAGGAUAAUCAAUAUAGGGAAGACAAAUAUUUCUUAGUACUAAGACUGUGGUUCCUUAUUUCUAGGUAUUUUACCCAAAAAAAACAAUUUGCAGUCAAAUUUUCAUAGAAGCUUUAUUCACAAUAGCUCAAAAUUAGAAAUAAUAGAAAUGCCCAUCAGCAGGUGAAUGAAUAAAAAACAAUUAUGUUAUAUCCAUAUGUUAAACUACUACUUAGGAACAACUAUUGAUAAAUGCAGUAAUACGGAUGAAUAUCAAAAAAGCAUUAUGCCAAAUGAAAGAAGCCAGAUUCACAAGAAUACUCACUGUAUGACGACAUUAUAUGCAAACCUAGAAAAGUCAAAACUCUUAACAACAGAAAGCAGAUCAGUGGUUGCUAGGCGCUGGGGCUGGGAAAUUAUAAAAGGGGACAAGAGAAUAUUUUGAGGUGAUGGAAAUGUUCCAUGUAUUGAUUGUGGCAGUGUUUACCAAAUUGUAUACGUUUAUCAGAACUCAUUGAACUGGAUACUUAAAAUCAUGCAAUUUAUUAUGUGUGUGAUUUAUACCUCAACAAUGUUUGAUUAAAUAAAAAGACCAUACUAUAUGCGUAUAGGAAUGAAUGUUCAAAUAAACCUCAGUUUACCUUU